GCGCCAAAACAUUGGGGUAAUUGUGUAACGUGCUGAACGUCUAUACUGCAUCUGAGCAAAAUGUCCCUUUUACGUUUCUGUUCUUUUAACAAUAAUAGUUUGCUUAAGAAUGGACUAUUAUUAGAGUCGAUGAUUACAGCGUGCUCAAGGACAGCAGGCUACACAAGGAAAGAGGAUAAGAAGCCCCUCCGCAAGCCAAAGACACCUCAGGGGAAGUUCGACACGGAUGCUGACGACACAAAAACUACAGACGCCUUUAAAAAAUUUCCAGAUGAUGUGAAUCCAUACACAAAAGAAAAAGGCGGCCCGACAGGCCCUGAGCCGACACGAUAUGGAGACUGGGAGAGAAAGGGACGCUGUAUUGACUUUUAGGUGAAUGUUAACAUGUGCUGAAGUGUGUUGGAUAUGUGUGUUGUCAUGCAAAUGGACCAUGUAAUACAUUUAUUGGGAAAUUUAGUGAUUGAAUGUAUUAAUUAAUGCAGAUUCUUGCAUUUACUAUAACCUGUGUUGGUUUAUUUUUGUUUAAAAAAUAUUAUUGCUUAAAAACCCAUUGCAUCAAUGUCAGGAUGUAAAAUAUAUUUGAAUAAAGCUGAGUGGGUUUGUCUCUGUCUAUAGUAUUUGUAAACAGUUCUGACAUGAGAAACUAUGCUUGAGUGAGUGAGAGAGAGAGAGAGAGAGAGAGAGAGAGAGUUUGCAUGAUUCUCCGUAGACUUCAGGGUGUGUACCUGCCUCACACAAAAUAUUCCCAGCUGUACUUUAGUCCUGACCAGGAUAGAACAGUUUCUGAGGGUCAGUGUAUGAACUGUUUUUCUUGCUGAACUGCAAAGAAUGGCAAACUUCCUUAGUGAUCUCAAUAAAUCCAAAUAUACAAUAUUCAAUAUACAAUAAAUAAAAACACAACAAAACAUGGCAUUUGACAUUAGGACUGACUUUUUCAUGUCCUGAAAAUGAAAUAACACAAAAGUUAUAGAUUAAUUUCUGUAUUUUACCUAAACUGCUGUAGUGAACCUCAUUCCUCACCUACAUUGCUAAACCUAAAUUUCCAGUAUAUUUACAUGCUUGCCUAUAUUUUAUGUUUAUUCCUCAAUAAAAUAAUUUUGUAUUCUUU